AAUGGGGGGUCAACGUCACAUCAUGCAUUCCACAACUAACGCUCAGAGUGAUACUACGCCAUUUUUGCUCGUGAACUUGUGAAAUUAUUGUGACAUAAGUUGCGCAACUUAGAUUGUGAACUUGCUGCCAAUUGGGAUUGCAACCUUCAUCGUGUCUAGUGCAAGUGAAUUUGUGACAAUUUCCCCAAAACUGUGCAAAGUGCCGAAGGAUUGUGACAAUAACUAUUAUAACAUACGAAGUAUUAAUUUGAAAAAAGCGAAGAUGUACGAGGAUUCAGUUGUUCCUGUGAAAGCGGAGACAUUCAGUGGGGUGGCUGCCAAAAGUUCUGUCAGCCAAUGCAUCAAAACGGUGCUACUUACGGCCUGCGUCGAAAAGAGAUUGACUAUUGGCCUUCUUCCGGCCAUUCAGUACCUCUCCCAGAAUAGCAACGGAGCACUUUUCUGCCUAACUGCACCGCCUGGCGACAGUGCAACACACAUGCAAGAAGUAUUGCUGCAAGCUUUUUGUGUAGAAAACGGUAUCUACGUCAUCAAAGUAGACUCCGACAAGAAAUUAAAGAAGUUAUUGGGCUGCGAUAUCCCAAACUUGGAUUUUAGCUGUGUACUGGUCCAUUAUCCUUACACUGAUCCAUUUAGCGACAGUCAAGAAAUUGAUUUGUCCAUUUUAACAGAAUCGGAGAGAGAUUUGAUCAGACACUGCGAGUCAAAUUGGGAUUAUGCUCAAAUGCCAGUAAUUAAAUUGCCAGAGAAGUGAUUCGAUGAAGAUAAACAUAUCGAGAAAAAAAAAUACCGACCUCUUGUUUUGGUCGCGAAAGCCAUUUUGGCCUUGUCGUUUUUACUUAGGCGUCUAAUGCCAUCUAGUAUUGGUUGCAUGAAUUAACGUCAUGCUUGCCGGCUUUGAUUAGCAGUCGAAUUGAUUUUGUGAAAAAUUGUGAAUUUUUAACUAUGUAUUCAAUUUCGUCAAUAACAUAAUAUUGUUGCAAUUUAAGGGCAUUUUGCCAAUCAUUGAUAUUUAUAAGAUCCAGAAUAUUUGAAAUGUAGUUAUUAAAUUUUUACCAUGCCAUUAUUGCAUUGAUGAAAUUCUAAAUGAUUAUUGUGGUUUUAGAAAUAAUUACUGAUAAAUGAUUAGACUUUCUUAACUGUAAGUGUAAUAUAAUUGAAUUGGAAAUAGUUAAUGAAAUCUUUGUAAUAUUGAGAAAAUGCAGACAACAUUAUGAAGUAUUUUUUUAUUUUUGUAAUACCCUUACCAUAAUUAUAAUCUAUUCUUAAUUUACUGGAACAAAAAACAGAAUAAAAAUAAUGGUAAAUGAAGUCUUA